AUGCGUUUUGUUCUUCUAUAUAGCCUGGCGGCAUUGGCUACUUGUUCUUCUGCUCUCGCUGUCCCUGCUCCAGGCGCUCAACAAGCCAGUAUAGGAAACUCAGCGAAGGACGACGAUGAUUAUGACCUUGAGCCUUCCGCCAAUUUCGCAUUCUCUGGUAUUACAACCUUUUCGAAACUCCCGUCUGUGCAAUGCUUGACAGAGGCUGGACCCGUGGACGACAUUUUGAUCUUGGGGUUCCCUUUUGACACAGCAACAUCAUACAGAACUGGAACGCGCCUAGGUCCAAAUGCUGUGCGUCAGGGUUCUCGAGCAGCUUCUCUAGCUGGGCACUAUAACUACCGCCAGUCAAUCAAUCCUUAUAAACAGAAUAUAUCGGUAGUUGACUGUGGAGACCUGCCCAUUUCUCCUUUCGAUAAUGGUCUCGCUUUUGCCCAGAUGGAAGACUGGUACAAGCGACUUCUGUGGAAGGAGUUGAGAUCCGGAGAAAAGGGAAUCAAGUCUUCAAAGACUGGCAGGAGUCAUCCCCAAAUCAUCGCACUUGGUGGUGACCACAGCAUUUCUUUGCCGAUUCUGCGAGCCUUGAACACUGUCUAUGGGAAAGUGUCCGCCAUCCACAUCGACGCGCACAUUGACACAUGGUCGCCAAAAGUAUUCGCCGGGGCCAAAGCCGGCAGCAAACAAGCGCAGUUCGCCGACGGCACACCAUACUACUGGGCAGGCAUGGAAGGCCUGCUGAGCACCAAGAACGUGCAUGCCGGAAUUCGAAGCUCGCUAGACUCGGCGAAAGACAUGGAACUCGACCAAGAAGUAGGCUUUACGACGAUUCCGGCGUCAGAUAUGCUCAAGAGGGAUGGCGUCUGGGGUGUCAUCAACAAGAUCCGUUCGGUCAUCAGCCACGACGAGCCUGUCUACGUCUCCCUUGAUGUAGACUGUCUCGACCCUGCUUUUGUGCCGGGCACUGCCGGCCCAGCUUCUGGAGGAUGGACCCCGAGAGAAAUUAUCCAAAUCAUUAUAGAUGCACUUGAUGGUUUGAACAUUGUCGGCGUCGAUGUCGUGGAGGUCCUCCCAGCCCUGGAUCAGGCCGAAAUUACAGGUAUAGUUGCUGCAGAGUUUACAAUCGAGCUGAUUACCAGGUUGGUCAAAAACAGACUCGGUCUAUGA